CAAUGUUAACAUUCCAAAGGAGUCCAGAGCCUCAGAGUCAGGAUCUAGGAUGCCAGAGAAAGGAUGGAGAGCAAUCUCCACAAAUCCUGGGGUUUUGUAUAAAGGCAACGGCUAAGAAGGAAGGAAAUAGCAAAACCCCCGUCAACACUGUUGAGUCUGGACACCAUCUUGAGAAUGUCCCAUUUCAAUAAUUGGAAGAGCGCCCAAACGAGCCAGAGCUUGACGUCACAGGACAGCAUCAGGGUUUCUCAUGAGAGGAAAAGUGAGAACAAAAAUCAUGAAGAGCUUCCAGAGAGCCACCACUCAUCCCACGGUCAGGACAAGGAGGGAGUCUGGCUUCCUGGGAGCAGAACUGAAGAGGCAGAAGAAGACCCGGCUGCAGAGGAGGGACCUUUUCUCAGUAAAACAGAACUACAAAAAGAUACGCAAGGAGCAUGUGACAGCAAAGUCGUUGGACAAGGUCGUGAAUUGUCCCCUCCAACAACAAAGAGCAUCCGAAUAUACGACGCGAGCCCCUUUUCUUCUUACCCGUUGCAGGCUGAGAAGAUGAGUCCUCACAGAAGGGCACGUAUGGCCCGUCUGCCCCAGCAGGGCCCUUUCCGGCACCUUAUGGACAUGAAGGCAGAGAAGAGGCUGGCGGGGUGGAAGGAACGCCGUAGCCGCUUUGGUGACAUCAACGUGCACAAAUGCUAUCAGUUUGGGCAGGUCUUCUCUCCUUUCCAGGCUCUGGCCACCACAGAGAUGCGAAGGCUGGUGCUGCCCAGAGACUUGCCCAUGAGUUCUCACAGGCGGAGAAUAAACCCUUCAUCCCUCGGUGACAUGAACCUCCAGGAUUCACCCCUGUCUCCAGAGCUGACAUUGGGAAACGAUGAUGGCCAUCAUGAGAAGGACAAGCCAGGUCCUCUCCCACGUGAUGGACGUUACAGAAGCCUCAAACCUCUGCUUGCAUCUCAUCACUGCGCCUGGAAGACUAUUCCAUCCUUGACCUCAUUCAAACUUCUGAAGGCAUUUCCUGAGUGUGUACCCUACUUGCUAGAUCUGAGUCAGGCUCAGCGGAAAACAGUGAACAUAGAAGCCCUGCUCGAAGGGAGUCCUGAGGAUGCUCUCCCCAUUGCCUCUGGUUGGUCCUCCUCAUCUGCUCUGUGUACCUCACUUCCAGCUCUGCCCUACCUAGACCUCCUCACCAGGGCAACCACCACCAAUGAUAUGACCUGAAAACAGUGUCUACCCUAGAUCUCCAUUGUAGGGACCGUGAGCAUAUCACCCCUGGGUAUCGUCACACAUGGCAGCAGGUGACUGUGCUUUGGCAAUAAUCUGAAUGUCUCCAAUGUUCCCGGCACUGUUCGGGGCACCCCGGGAGAUGCAGCCUCUCCCCAUCCACUCAACCUUAAACAUAAAAGUUAUAAGGACAUGUGUAUAAAUGAGCUCCGUG